AUGUCGCGCAACAAAGAAAACAACCCACUGCCUCAGCGUCCACCCGCAAUAAGCUCCGUCUUCAUCGGGAAGAACCCUACGCCUCCCAGUGCGCAAUUCUACACGGACAGCCUCAUCGACGACGAUACAUCACGUAUCCCGACGCCAACCCAUGCUCGUAAGAAGAGCACGAUCAGCAACUCGAGGCGCGCCCACAUUCCCUCGAAAAGCUUCCCGUUCCCUCGGGACUCGCGCAACGCCGCUCGGGUGGCAGCUGCGCAUGACGAUGUCAAACAGAACGGCAUCCGGCAUGAAGCGCCGGCACCCGUGCUUCGGCGACCUUUAAGCAUGAGGUCUUCGCAGUCAGAUCUUAUCACACCGCCACAAUCGCGUGAUGGCCCUGACGCGGUUAAGAGUCCGAUGUCAGAAGCUCCGAGUCCUGGACAGGACCUGGCAGAUGUCUAUCAACAGAUCUACGAAGAGUCGAUACUGGCAGAGGACGAUCGAGACAAUGUCAGCUCAGAAAGCGACGGUGCAGAUGCGGAAUACAGGCGGAUGGAGUCGUCACCGAGCCGUGCACCGCAAUGCGAGCACAGAAGCGCGAGCCGUGACAGAGUGACAGAGUCGCCAGCGGUCAGGGCUGUGAGGUCAGUUGCUAGACCAAAUGAGGCAGACAAGGAGAACUUCAAGGACGAACAUACAGCCGCCCUCUCAGAAGGCUCUGGUAUCAGCUUCCUGAACCAGCUCACCGACCAAAAUCUGGCGGCGAAAAUCACGCCUUUCGUUUCGACUCAUGAAAAGGAUAUACGGAGGCUUCGAUACGGAAUCAGUGACAGGCCCAUUUCUUUCCAUGCAGGAAUGAAGCCCUCAGAGUUCAUCGCCCAGGAGAAGGCUAGGUCCGACGCAAGCUCGGACCACAGCUCGCGAUCCUCUAGGAGAAGACCUCAGCGACUGAACAGUCCCAUUGUGAACGGCGCCCCGAAAGCGUACUCUGACACCACUCUCGAGAGGAAGCCUCGGGCCAGUCAGUCACCUGUUGCAGAACGAAAUGCGAGACACCAGCAUGGCCGCUCAACACUCUCACAGUCUAUGCGUGGACCUCUGCGAGAGCUUGACACCACGGAACUCGAGCGGGUGUAUUCCGAGCCAGCAGCCCUUUCCGAUGACGACGCCGGCAAUGUGACUUCUCCCGAACUGCGACGACGGCAGCGUCAGUUCGAGACGAACAAAGCGCGGAAGAAUUUGGGGAUGGGUUCCGAGGCGUCCGAAAACAAUGAUGAUACGCAGCAGUCAGCCCCAGGCGGUCGAUCCAUGGACACAAGGCAGGACGAGCGAGCCGUUGACCAGACUGAGGAUUUUGACGAGGCCUCCAUGGCUUCUUUCGACAACCGAACUGCAGAAGUGUCGGCUCCCAUCAGCGAUAGGCCAGUUCCAUCGAACGCACCUCAUACCGACAAGGGUGACUUGAGGAAGUGGCAAAGGUCAGCGGCCGACCAACGCAAUGAGAGAAGACAAAGUAUUGCCUCACACGCGUCCUCGGCCGUCGAUUGGGCAGGCGUCGAUGCAGAUGACCCAGUUCAGAGCAUUGAACGAGACGAGAGAAUCGACAACGACACCACAGGACAAGCAUCAUCGCCACGACCACGUCUGUCCUUCGAUCGUCUUCGCAAGCUGGACAACGAGCCCACCGGCAUGUCAUUUCAAGUCUCAGAAAGUCCGCCAGUCAAGGCACGGAAGAGCUCAGAUGAUCUGGCUCGAGAGAGGGAAAUUGACCAGCUAUCGCGACAGGCUGUGACUAAGAGCAGGCUUGAGGCUAUCAGAGAGCGGAGUCCGUGGGAGGCGGAGAAGAAGCUGUCGCGUUCGCCAAGUGGCUCGUCGCUUAGGAAGAGUACCUCGAAUGAGCUGAGGAAGAGCAUCUCGAACGAUGCGGCUAAGGACCAAGACACCGGAAACGCUCUCGGAGAGCAGAUACCAGACACUCCGAUCGUGGUGUUCAGAUCGUCGACAGGGAGCUCGGGAGAUGCGGCUCGUUCUGACCACGACAGACGGGCGUCACACGAUGCUUUGCAGAGAUUUGCUCGGCUGAGCGCUACGCCUAAGUCAAGUCCGUCCAUCACGCCCAAGCUUGAUCAGCCAGCAUCACAAGAAGCAGCGUCGGAAUUGGUUGUCACUACAGAUGCCCCUCAACCAAAGAAGCCGGCCCUGGCAGCAACACCCAAAGUCAUCGGCGCCUGGCAAGACACAGUACUUCCGCCUGACACGGUCAAUACCGUCAAAUCAUACAAGCCGCAGCCAAAGUACACCCAGACGCCACACGUCAACGCAGGCGGUUGGAUCGACACACCUUUGCCAGAAGCCGCAGCAUCCAACGCACAGCCUGCGAUUGGUCGCUCAGCACUGACGAACAUCAUCGCCGCUCAACGAGCAAAGGACUCCAACAACACCAAUGACACCCUCAAUUUAGGCGAGACCACCAUCGCCAGCCUGGAGGACCUCGUCGAUCUCAACGAAGAGGACAUGACUACCUUGAUCCGAAUGGGCGCCGAGCACGAAGCACUACGACAGUCAUUUGGCGAUCUGAGCGCACUAUCUCACGAUAACAACGAUAAGGCCAGCGGCGUUGCUGCGAAUCGCGACACAGACGCCGAGAUCGUAGUCCUCGACCGCCUGUCAAAGAAGUUGCACACGCUCCAAGCUAAUAUACGCCACGCACGAAAAGCAGCCAGUCGAUUCGAGCGGGAGAUGAGCGAGGGCGGUGGGAGCGUGCAUGGGGAUGAUGACCUCGCAGCGCCGCUGUCAGCCACCACACCGACGGACAACAUCCCCGUCACCGCCCCGACCAAAAUCAUCAACCCAACAGGCGUCCUCCCAAUGGCUCUUACACCCCUACGCAUCCCCCUCCCACUGCUCUUCCGACCAAGCCCCUCAUCACCACCUUCCACGACGACCUCGACAACAAAAGGCAACAAAUCACGCACAUCCCAACUAACCAGCACAAAACGCCGCUUCGCCACGCGCUUUAGCAGACCCACGCCACUGAUGUGGGUUCUCCUCAUCCUAUUCACAUGGCGCUUCGUAGACACAGCCAUCUCGGAGUUCUACGGGCAUCCGCUGUACGCGGAAAGCUAUUCGUGGCCGGGCGUUGAUCUUGCGGUCGUCGAUAGGGGAGGGAAGGGCCAUGGUGGUGGUGCAAACGCGGUGGAUGGUGCGGGGUGGGGCGUUCCGGACGUGCUUGCACAGAUCUCAUGGGAUGGGAUUGUCAACGGGAUAUGGGACGGCGUGGGGGGGCUUUUCGGCGAAGAGUCUGGGUCAGCGAAGAAACGUGUUCACAUAUCCGAGCAGUCCGCCAGUGUCGGACACGAAGAUGAGCACUGGGACAAUGUGCUGUCAGCGGGCGGCUGGAGCAUGGACGAUGAUGAAGCCUUGUGA